AAUAUGGAAUAGUGACAGAAACGGUUGCGUUGCUGUGAUUAUGGCUUUGUAACUCUACAAGUAGCGUAUGUUUCUGCGUGUUUCCCCUGUCAGCGCUGUUUUUACGAUGUUGAACGGCUGGUUCUAACUUUCCAGACAAAUGGACACUUCUACUGGAAAUGGAGAGAGAGUUCGACCUCUGUUGUUAGUUAAAUAGCUGUAGUCCUCGCGUUUGUUCGGAGCCAUAAAAGAAGAGUUUCGGGGGUCAUGGGGGCUCUGAGGUUCCUGCUGCUGUCUCUUCUCCUGCUGUUCUGGGAAGACAAGCUAAUUCAGCAGGUUGGAGGAGUCCGAUCAGUGACUCUCCCAGAAUCCCUCCUGUUUGUGUCCACACUGGACGGUAAUCUUCACGCUGUCUCCAAACAGUCUGGUGACAUCAAGUGGACUCUAAGAGAAGACCCUAUUAUACAAUUACCAGUCUACCUCACAGAGCCUAGUUUUCUCCCAGAUCCCAACGAUGGCAGUUUGUACAUCCUGGGCGGCAAACACAAAGAAGGCCUUAUGAAACUACCUUUCACAAUCCCAGAGCUGGUUCAGUCAGCACCCUGCAGGAGCUCUGAUGGUAUGCUCUAUACAGGUAAGAAGCAGGAUGUUUGGUUCGUGGUGGAUCCUGAGACGGGUGAGAAGCAAACCAGUUUGACCACAUCUGCGUCUGAAUCCAUCUGUCCCAACACCCCUCUGCUCUACAUUGGUCGUACAGAAUACAUGAUUACGAUGUUUGACACGAAGACACAGGAGCUGCGAUGGAACGCGACGUACAACGAUUACUCUGCUCCUCCGUAUGAUGAGAAACAAGAUUACAAGAUGGCUCAUCUUGUCUCAAGCGGUGACGGUCUAGUUGUGACGGUUGACAGAGAGUCAGGUGAUGUCUUAUGGAGUCAGAACUACGGCUCACCUGUAAUGGGGGUCUACCUUUACUCUGGUGACUCACUAAGACACGCCCCUAAAUUGUCUCUCGCCAUGGAAACACUCCGUUUCCUCACAUUCUCCUCUGCCAGCGACCAGGCAGACGCCCACUCUACGCUGAAAUGGAGCUAUCAGUUUGUGAAGGAGCAGGCCAGUGCACAGGCACAACUCGUACCCACUCUAUAUGUUGGUAAAUUGGACUCCCACCUGUAUGCCUCCACUUCCCUCGUCCACCAUGGCAUCUCAUUAGUGCCUCGAGGACUAACCUUGGCACGGAUUGAGGGUCCAUCAACAGCUGAGGUGACGGUCAGACAGCAAGGGGAGUGCGAGAUCACACCGUCCACUGAUAUACGCUACCCACCAGGAAGCACAUACAGCCAGAAAAACCACUGGCUGCUCAUCGGUCAUCACGAGAUCCCUCCGGUGGCUCACACCACAAUAUUGAGGGAUUUCCCAGCCGGCCUGCAGCGCUCUGGCAAGCCAGUCAUCCCCCCUCGACAGCCCAACUCCUCUCCCUCCCCAGUCUCUUCUUCCACGAACUACUACGAGCGCUAUACUAGUGCUGGUAGCCAUGGCGACACUGAUGCUAACAGUGGAGGAGAUGAUGAUAAGAAACCUCAGAGACCAUCUGCUGUGCUGCCUGUCUUCAUCACUCAGGAUCGUCUCACUCUGGCUGUUCUGACGCUGCUGCUGGGAGGAUGGCUGGCCUUCGCUCUCACUUACCCUGUCCGAGCAGCACAGCAGCUCAAAGCUCAAAGGCAGCUGGAGGAGGCCUUUGAGUCUCGUCUUCAGCGUAUGCAGACAAACACACCGACUAACACUCAGACGGUGACCUCGGUUUCCUCAGACAUAGCCCUUUCUACUGACACAAACCUCUCCAGCAAUUCUCUGCCUGUUCCUGCCGAGCCUCCACCCAGUCCUCACUCACACAGCAGCAGCAGCGCAGAGGUCAAUAAAAAUGGCACUGCUGGGCUAAAACCAACACCAGAAGGAAACAUUGAGGAAGUGCAUGUGGGUAAAAUCUCCUUCACCCCCACUGAUGUUCUCGGGCACGGCACAGCUGGAACUUUUGUCUUCAGGGGUAACUUUGACGGACGUCAGGUUGCAGUGAAGCGAAUACUGCCGGAGUGUUUUGAGGUAGCGGAGCGGGAGGUGCAGCUCCUCAGAGAGUCAGACACUCACCCUAAUGUCAUCCGAUAUUUCUGCACAGAGAGAGAUCGCCUCUUCACUUACAUCGCCAUCGAGCUUUGCACUGCAACCCUACAGCAAUAUGUGGAGGAUCCAUCUCGUUUUCCGGAGCUGAGCCCGAUAACUCUGCUGGAACAAACCAUGUGUGGCCUCUCACACCUCCACUCACUUAACAUAGUCCAUCGUGACCUGAAGCCCAGAAACAUUCUCCUCUCUGGUCCCAGUGCGCUUGGUCGGGUCCGGGCUCUUAUUUCUGACUUUGGACUCUGUAAGAAGAUCCCAGAUGGUCGCUGCAGCUUCUCUUUACGUUCAGGGAUACCAGGAACGGAGGGGUGGAUUGCUCCUGAAGUGCUGCGGGAUACUCCUGGCAGCAAUCCGACAGCAGCGGUCGAUGUUUUCUCAGCAGGCUGUGUGUUCUACUACGUGGUCAGUGGGGGUCAGCAUCCUUUUGGUGAUUCACUGAGACGACAGGUCAACAUCCUGUCAGGAGAAUAUUUACUAUCUCAUUUUAUGGAGGACAUACAUGAUGACGUCAUAGCACAGGAUCUGAUUGAACAAAUGAUCCAUGCCGAGGCUGUGUGCCGCCCCUCCACCGCCUGUGUGCUCAAACAUCCGUUCUUCUGGAGCCCCGAGAAGCAGCUGCUCUUCUUCCAGGAUGUGAGUGACCGCAUAGAGAAGGAACCAGCAGACAGUCAGAUUGUGAUCAGACUGGAGACUGCCGGUAGAUCAGUGGUCCGAACCAACUGGAGGAUGCAUAUCUCUGUGCCGCUACAGACAGACUUGAGGCGGUUCAGGACGUAUAAAGGGAACUCAGUCAGAGAUCUACUGAGAGCCAUGAGGAAUAAGAAGCACCACUACCACGAGUUGCCCCCAGAGGUGCAGGAGACUCUCGGUGAACUGCCCGAAGGCUUCAUCAGCUACUUCACCUCACGGUUUCCACGGUUACUGAUGCACACACACGCUGCUCUGCGCAUCUGCGCCCAAGAGAGACUGUUUCACCCCUACUAUCUGCCCCCCAACGCCAAAUAGCAUUAGCUCGACCCUGCACUCCUACACACGCUGUACGUGGGUAGACUGCUCUGAUAAACUACAGCGUUUCCUGACAGCACCCCAUUAUUGCUUUUGUAAAGCCCAAACUGUUUUAAGAAGGGAGAUACAGUGCUGUGAAAAAGUUUUUUAUAUGCCUUCGGUUUUAUUUUAUACAUACUAUUUAUUUUUGUGCAGCUUUUGAUCGAGAAAUAUUUUUGAAAACUGAACAUCAAAGCAGAAAGGUCCAGAACACGCCAGCACAGCGAUAAACACAUGUAUUGGUGAAAAAAGUUAUUAGAAAUGUAUCUUUUUAAAAUAUCUUUUAUCUUUCUUCCAACAAAUCACAUAAAAUGAGAAAUUUAUACUCACCAGCCACUUUAUUCAGUACACCAUUUCAACUGCUGAUUAGCCAGAGCAUAUCCAAUCUAAUCAAGCAAUCGCACAGCAGCAACCAUCGUAUUUAGGCAUGCUGACAUGGUCAAGAUGAUGCAAACAGACAGGCUGGUCUGAGUAUUUCACAUACUGCUUAUCUACUGCGAUCAUCACGUAGAAUCAUCUCUAGGGUAGAAAAAAAAACAUUUUCUUAUCUGAAAAAGAGAGAAUAUCCAAUGAGCAGCAGUUCUCUUGGCAGAAAAUCCUUGUUUAUGGCAGAGGUCAGGAGAGAAUGACCAGACUGGUAUUAGCUAAUAGAAAGGCAACAAUAACGUAUAUCUCUGAAUGCACAACAUCUUGAUUCUGCUGCAACAUUCAAAUGGUAAGUUGGAAUUUGGUAUAAACAACAUGAAUGCCUGCCAGACCAUUAACAGCCUCGGCUGUUCAAAGUCACUUAAAUAAAUGCUUUUUCCUAUCCUGAUCCCUGAUUUAAAAUAAUUUGAACUCCUCCCCGGGUGUGCUCGAGCCUUGCUACCUUCCUUCCAACAUCAUCAUGUCAGUCAUGAUGGCUGGCCAAGUACCACCGUAGUCUGUCCUGCUAAAGGUCAUGGAACUGUGAUCACCUAAUCUGACACUGUGACCUUUGUAACAGACAAAAAAAUACACAAUUCCUUAAUCAAUAAUUUAUCAACAUAUGUUUCUCUAAAAAUGGAAAGAUUAAUUCUUCCUUAGCAUUUUAAGAAGUUCCUCUUAACAUACAAAGCACUUGAUUUUUCUGUCCUUAACAACUUGCUUUGUCUUGAGGGAACAAAAUCUUUGUUAGAGAUCUCAUGUUGAACAAUAAGAUGAUUCAGACAAAAAUAAAAGGAAGAGCUAUAUAAAAGCUAGAGUUACCCAGAGGCUAGAGAUGUAACUUAGAAAAGAAACAACGACUCUCUUCAGACCUCCCCAUUUAACAACCUUUUAAACCUGCCGAGGCAUCGCUCUGCCCGCUGAAUCAGCUGAUGCAAGGAGAUUUUCCAUCCAUAUUUUGCAUUGUGGUCUUUUUUAUUUUGAUUAAAGUUUUGUCUCAUUAGCAGAGAAACCUGUUAAAAUUGCCUGGUGAACUAGUGUUUACUCCUUUUUUCCUAAAAUAGUCUGGACACUGUAAAAUGUUAGAAAAUCAAAAUUAUUUUAAAAAUAGUUUUAGCAAUCAAAUUUUGUUGUUGUGCUUUUUAAAAUCAAAUGUAGGAUUUCAGGGCACUGAAUGGCCUAACAGUUAGGCCACUUGCUCAUUUUUAGAAGAUAUAUUUUUGAGCUUUUUAUGCUUUUAUUGACAGAGGAGGACAGAGUCAUGGAUGAGAGUGUGGGGGAGAGACAUGUGGGAAAGGAGCCACAGGCAGGACUUGAACUGGGGCUGCCUGCACACAUGGGCACCAGUAGGCCAUCUGGGCCCCAGUUUUGCACAUAUCCACAUGGGCGGCCUGGUUCCGAAUGCAGCCUCUAGCGUUCUCUCUUGGCACUUUCUCUGUGAAUACCCAUCCACUUCCCUAGCAAAUAGAGGCAAUCUUUAAAAUAGGGUAAAUAUGGGGCUGUAAUGUUUUAAAGAUCCUCACAUUUUUUUUACAUUUUACACGAUGUCCUAACUUUUUCAGGAAAGAGGGGUGAAGAAAAAACAUUUUCUUAUCUGAUAAAUUUGCUCUUAAACAUAUCCCAUGUUUAUUUGUUUUCAGCUAAUGCUAAAAGAUGUAAUUAAAUCUAGACAAAUGUUACAGUCUAACGUUCCUACAGUGCCCAUAAAAAAUAUUCACCCCCCUUGGAUGUUUUACCCUUUCAAUGAUUUUAUAAAUCGGUCAUGGUCAGUGUAAUUUGACUUUCUUGACCAAAAAACAAAAGAAAAACCUCUUUAUGUCAAAGAGAAAACAGAUUUCUACAACAAAAUGUUGUGAAAUAAAAAUAUGCAAGGUCAAAUAAGUGACAGCAUAAAUAUUCAACCCCUUUUAAAGUGGCUGACCUAAUUCAACAGAGGUCCACCCAAGUGGUGUCAGUAGUCUCACGGUGAGUGAAAUGGGGAUCACCUGAGUGCAGUGAAUGUGUCUCAAGUGAUUGUAGUAUAAAGACACUUUUGUCUGGAAGGUCCAGACACUUGUUAAUUAGGAUUCACGGCUAUCAUUGCACCAUGAACACAAAAGAACUCUCCAAUAAAUUUAAAGAAAAGGUUGCUAAAAAAGCAAAAGUAAGGUGAUUGAUACAAAAAAAAUUCCAAGGCACUGAACAUCCCUGAGUGCAGUAAAGAAAUGGAAGAAAUACGGCACGUGUAAAUCUGUCUAGAUCAGGCUAUCCUAUGAUGCUAACAUGCUAUGUUUUGAGGACACCAAAAACUUGAAAUCACCAUUAACAACACCAUCCCCACUGUGACGCACGGUGGCAGCAUCAUGCUGUGGGGAUGCUCCUUGGCAACCUCACAGAGCUAGAGCAGUCUAGUAAACAUCAAUUAAGGUGUAAAACAUCCAAGAGGGUAUAUUAUUUUGUUGGCACUUUACAUGCAACACGUUAAGAACUUAAAGAACCCCACAGCCCCGGUGUGAGAAGCUCAAACUUUGUCACAGCACUGUAGAUAAUGCAAACACUGGACUACAGCUUUCAUUAAAAGCUCAUUUUGUGUUGCUGUUACACAUGCAGGGUUGCAGAAAUGCAUGUUUAAAAAAUCUGUCAGUAAGAGUUUACUUCCUCCGUGUCACUGCUUCAAAGAAAAUGCCAAAGACUCCACUGAAUGUACUUUGCUGUUUGUUUUUUCAUGUGUUUAAUGUUUAAGUGCUUUGUUAAUUGUAGCUACACUGACUGAAGAUUGUACUGAGAAUUAUUUGUCACUUAUGCAAUAAUGGGAAGAGCUUUGUCCUUUUACAUUUUAACAAAAACUUUUUUAAAGACUGUUUUUUUUAACAGAAAUGAAUAUUUCAACACUCCUGAACGUUGGCAUUACUCAGACUCUCAGAACCACUUGAAAUCUCUCCCUGUGACUACUGGAUGAAGGUUUGUUUAUUGGUCUGCUGUAGAGUGAAUGAUAAAGAAUAACACCUUUUGUACUUUUUGAAUGAGUGGAUUAAAUCUAUGCUUUGGGUGUGCCAAAGAAAAAUGUUUAUUAGGCCUUGUUGUCGAUUUUUAAAUGCAGAU